CUAUGUGAUACACAAAUAUAAUUAAUUUAUGUUGCACUAUCAUAUUUUUAUACAUAAUCCAUGAUACUUUCUAAACAUGCAAUUAUAAAGAUAAGUAGCUAUUGCAAAUAACCUACAAUUUUUCAUUGCACAGGUAGGCAGUGUGCGGUGCUCAUACAAAUCAGCCUGAUCUCGCGAGUUUACUUUCGGCUUCGCUAAACGCAGUGAGAGCGCAGCGGUCAGGAUGGUCUUGGAUCAGGCAAUCAAACAAUGCCCCCCUCCUUCAAACACAAGAAUAACCUCUCCCCAGUUUUCACCCCUUCGCUUUGGUUCAAUCUGGAACAGAACAUAAUGGCGGUUGAUGGUGGUGGAGGGAGGAGCUGUGGCGUGCAUGAGCUCAUCUGUGCCAGAAGAGUGUCUCCAGAGCUGCUAGGAGUCCUAUCCUCCAUUGCGGCCUUCGUGGCCGUGAUGGCUCUAUUUUUUCUUUACCUCAGCAACAAGCUGUCAGUGGAGAGUGCCAGCGAGCUGCCAUGCCUCGACGACUAUAGGCCCAACCAGCAAGCCAGAGCCUGUGAUGAGAUGAUAAGAUAAUCUAGAACCCACCAGACAGUGUGGAGAAGGACAGCCACCACAGCAAGUCCACCCAACAUGGCGUUCUUCAAGAGCUUUGGGCAGAACUUACCAUCUGUAAACAUCUCCUCCAUCUUGGAUUCAGUCAGCAGCAGAGUGGACGACCUAGCCAGUGCUGUCAGUGAUGCCACCUAUAGCGUCAGUGACCAGCUGACCGAGCUCAGCGACCAGGUCAUCAAGAAGGUGCAGACGGAGGAGGAGGAGGCUACAGAAGCGACAGAGGGGGCCCAGGACAGCAAGGAAGGAAAGGCCCAGGAAGGGAUAGCAGACUCAUUCAGGAGCAAAAUCAAGAGGCAGGCUUCUGAGGCCUGCUCAAGCUUGGCAGACUACAGCUCCAACCUCAGCCAAUCCAAUGACUCGAAGAAUAACCAAUCGAGUGACGUGACAGCAGAGGACUAUGUUCCAGCCCAAUUGGAAUGGGUGUGGAAAGAUGGAGGCUGGCGAGUGGUAAAACCAGGGGAGAGUUCUGCAGAGGACAAGGAAAAGGAGGAGAAAAGGAAGCAGGAGGAAAAGACGAAGAAAGAGGAGAAGGAGAAGAGAAAGGCAGAGAAAGACAAGAAGAAGGAGGAGAGGCUGAAACAGGAGGAAGAGAAGAAAAAUAGCCAUCAAGAGACCAUUGAGGAAGAGCCUGAAGAUAAAGAAACCAGCUCAUUGUCGAAAGAGACCCACACUGCUAGUCAGAACAAAGAGGGCCAGAAAGAGGACAAAUCCAAUGGGGUCCACCAGAGUGAGGACCAUAGUGAUCCACCACAAUCUUUUUGCCCUGAGGAAGAGUCGAGAGCAUCCCAAAAGAAAAACAAGGGGAAAGCUGAAGAGGAGGAAGAGAAUGAGAUGAAUCCCGAGGGAGAUGGAGAGACUGAACCUGCUAUGUCUCCCGCUUCUGAGAAAAAUAAGAAAAAGAGUGACAAGAAGAAAGAGAAAGUGAAAGGGAAGAAAGAGAGCAAGAAGACGAAUAAAGAGGAUAAAGAGCAGAGCUGCCCAGAGCGUGGCUCUGAGGAGGACAGUGAAGAGGACAGACCAGGGGGACACUCUGAACCCUCAGCCCAGCACAGAGCCUCAGUCUGGGACAACCGACACAAACACACCAGCGAGGCCUCCGCCGGACAAGCCAACAGCAUCCAGCGGAUGAGACGAGGCUCUCCCCUCAACGAGCUCCAGCCACCCCCGUAUCAGGACGAGAAUAGUCCGGUCCGGGUGUCUCGCUCGCGUUCUGGGGCGGGGGGUCUGGGGGAGUCGUCCCCAGACGUUAAUGGUACACAGCGCUCCAGUGAGGCCAGCGUUGACCCGGACACUGAAAGUUACCUCAACAAGGGCUAUGAUGAGGAUGUACCUAGUGACAGCACUGCCGUCCUGGGACCAGAGGAUGGUUCAACCUCCCAUCUUCACGUAGGCUAUGAGCCCGAGCCACUGGCCAAGUAUGGCACGCUGGACGUGGCCUUCGAGUACGACUCGGGCGAACAACGCCUUGCCGUCACUGUCACCGCAGCAACCGACAUCCCCGCACUCAAACAGACAGGGAACAUUGCGUGGCAGGUGCACCUGGUGCUGCUGCCCACUAAGAAGCAACGGGCCAAGACGGGGGUGCAGAGGGGGCCGUGUCCCAUGUUCACAGAGACCUUCCGCUUCACCCGGGUGGAGCAGGGGGCGCUGGCGGACCACGCCGUCAGGUUCCGUCUCUACAGCGUUAGGAGGAUGAAGAAGGAGAAGGUACUGGGAGAGAAGGUGUUCUACUUGACCAAACUCAACCUGCAGGGCAAGAUGGCGCUGCCCGUUACACUGGAGCCUGGCACAGCACUAACGGGCUGUGGAUCGUUGGUGAGUGUGUCUCGCAGCGUGGCAGCUUUGUCCUACCGCUCUACAUGGGACUCCACACCAGAGAUCCUGCUGGGCCUCAUCUAUAACUCCACCACUGGCAGGCUCUCUGCAGAGGUCAUCCAGGGCAGACAGUUCAACAACACAGCCUCAGACAAACCUCCCAACACCUAUGUGAAGCUGACUAUGCUGGACUCCAAGGGCAAGGAUAUGUCCAAGUGCAAGACGUCAGUGUGCCGUGGUCAGCCCAACCCCACCUACAAGGAGACCUUUGUCUUUCAGGUGGCCCUCUUCCAGCUCUCCGAGGUUUCCCUGGUGGUGUCGGUGUACAGCCGAAGGAGCAGCAUGAAGGCCAGGGAGAAGGUGGGCUGGCUGUCCCUGGGGUUCAACAGCACUGGAGAGGAGCAGCAGGCACACUGGAGCCAGAUGAAGGACGCCGAGGGACAGCAGGUGUGCCAUUGGCACACCCUCUUGGAAUCUUGAACAGGUCUUGAUGAGAAUCACCAGAUUUGAUCUUGUUAACAAAGAAUAAUCUGUAUAAAUAUAUGUGAAAUUAAAUGGUUAAAUAGGAGGAGGAAUACGUUGGAGGAAGAGGAAGAUUGCGGGGGAUGUUGACCUCAGUGUUGAGAGAGAGAAUGGGUUCCAUGACCUUCAUUCAGAGAAGCAGACGAGGAGCUGUGAGGAACCAUCCACCUAUACUAUGCACCUGGUGUGGGAUGUGUGUGAGGGUGCAGCACUUCGAGGAGCACGUGGAUUCCACUUGGAGUCUCCCGUUCACUGACAGCUGCUUUACUACCCUUUACUCUGUAAACCAGCCACUUCAUCUGAGACAGACGGGUCUGGUUGACAGACUGGUCUGGUGCUAAACUCCCAGCUCCAGUCAUUGUCGAUGGGGUCAUCAAAUUAGACUCAUCUUUUUAAUAACCUCAAUGGUGAAAUGGACACCUCUGGUCAUGAAAUGGACACCUCUGGUCAUGAAAUGGACACCUCUGGCCAUGAAAUGGACACCUCUGGCCAUGAAAUGGACACCUCUGGCCAUGAAAUGGACACCUCUGGCCAUGAAAUGGACACCGCUGGCCAUGAAAUGGACACCGCUGGCCAUGAAAUGGACACCGCUGGCCAUGAAAUGGACACCUCUGGCCAUGAAAUGGACACCUCUGGCCAUGAAAUGGACACCUCUGGCCAUGAAAUGGACCAUUCAGUCUCAGAUUGAGAACAAUUUUGUCAUUAAUUUCCCAGAUUCUGGUCCACAAUAGUAUAUCUUCAUGUAAUUGUUUACAGAAGAUGAUCAAAAUACGACCAUACAUACAGUAUCUCCUACAAUGGACCAUUUUCAUCCUGAACCGAAGACCAAAGAGUGUGGAGAAGAACAACGACUUCAACAAACCGUUCUUCCGGGGUUGUACUGACCAUAUAGAUAGAAUGACUAGCAGGGACAAAGCCCCUCAGACAGGGCAAUUGGACUGGAACAACUCAUGGGUUCACUCAAUAUGGCUGACAAUUCUACGGUCCUCAAAUGACACCAGCAUAUCAGACAUUUCCCAUCUGAAGCUCGCAGCCAUCGACAACGAGGAUGAUGCAAUGGAAUAGUGUUACCAUGACUGUUAGAGCCAGCUGGGCCUGUCACAGUCUGCAACAACGACAGUGCCUAGAUAAAGUCUACAACCCCUUUGGAUUUCUUAAACUGUUAUUGUGUCACAAAGUGGUAUUAAAAUUGAUUUUAUUCCAUUUUUUUGGUCAACGAUCUAUACAAAAUACGAUGAAAUGUCAAAAUGUAUUUUUAUUUUUUAAGAUUAAUGGGAAAAAAAGUGCAAUACUUGACUAUUGACUUCUAUAUAUUGUGCUGUAUGUAUGGGGGACAGAGGAAGGGGUAGUCAUUCAAAAAUAAUGUCAACUACUAUUAUUUCACACAGUGAGUCCAUUUAACUUAUGUGAUUUGUUAAGCCACAGUUUACUUCUGAACUAAUUUAAGCUUGCUUAAACAAAGUGGGUGAAUACCUAUGCAACAACUGUAUUUUUGUUAUUUAAUUUGAAUUCAUUUGUAAAAAUGUGUAGAAUCUUCUUUUAAUUUUGACAUUAUGGAGUAUUUUGCAAUUAAGUAUUUUUCAAUCCCACAUUGUAAUGCAACAAAAUGUGGAAAAAAGUUCAAGGGGGUUUAGACUUUCUAUGCUUAUUUAUUCACUGUUUUCAUUCUCGUUACAUUAUGCAAUAUCCAUUUGACAGAUUCAUUUUUCGUCUUAUUUUAGCGGUUUCUUUUUACGGCUGUUUCAUCUCCCGAUGCAUUGUUUGUUACACAUCUUUUUGUUGUGGUCAUCUGAAUCAUCAUUUGAGAAUAGAAAAACAGUAUUAGUUUU